AUGCCAACUCGACCAGUGAGGAGGGUGGAGGAUCACAGAGACUUGUCAUCCGAGUUUAAACAGCUUGAUCUUCGAGGAUCUGCUCAAAGCUCGCCACAGUCCAAUCAUGCAGGAAGCCCACGAAGUGUACCGCUCGUCAGCCCGUAUAACAGGAGACCUCUUUCGCAGAGUCUGGAGGACGAAAGAGCAAGAACUGGCUCACCGAGAAGCAUCAAUUUCGCUUCAGCCGAGGAUCCGUACUCUGAAGCAGUAGCGAACUUCAACUUGGGCAGAGACGAGACAGUGCUCGCUGGCGGGCUGGAGGAUUCCCAUGCCAUUAGGCGAGCGUUGGCGAGAGAUCAACGGGAAGAUCUAGUACAGCCGAGGAGGAGUCGAGAAAUCAACCGCGAUGUCAUCAACGCGAGGAAGAGUGAUGAUCUGUCAAGACCGGGCAGCUCGAGAAGGAGCAAUGAAGCAACCAGGACAGCGAUACCGGCAGCUGCUAUACCAUCUCGAGACGGCAGUCUAGAUUGGCAACGAACGCAGCAGAGCACGGGCAAAUCUCACAUCAAAAGACAGUCCCUCGAAAAGCCUCUUCCACCGCCUCCAGAGGGCAAACAGCUUAACAACUUCGAACAUCACCCUUCGACCUCCGCCUCCCAACCACAGUUCCUCGUCCAAGACUCUUCCACCCCAAUCUCCCUCGCCGAACAUGGCAUCUCCCUGACAAACACGGAAGACACCACGAUCCACACGACUCAGGCUCCCGCCGUUACCAACGAAACCACCAUCGUCAACACGCAUGAACACAUAACCGAAGCCAUCACACGAGAAAUCCACACCCACGACAUUUACCAUCGCGUCCUCCCCAUCAUCGACGUCGAAGUCCUCCCACCACGACACUUCAUCGAAUCAUCUUCAGGCCGAAGACACGAGAUCUCAGCGGACGAAGCUCCAGGCGGAAAAGAAAUGAGCCUCGACUUGCAGCGUGUCAUGCAGGAAGCUGUAAAUCGGGAAGGGGAAAGAAAAUGCACUCUCGCUCACGGAAACAAAGAUCAGUGGUACACUCAACACGGCAGGAGGAAAUUCACAGCUGUUGAUUACGAUCCGAAGAAUACGGAAGGUGAUUUGAGAGAAGCUGUGGCGGAAGAUGGAACGGAGUACUCGGAACGAACAUGGGUGCAUUGGCCUGUUUUGGAGGAAGAUGUUGCUGGGACGAGAGCGUUCCAUUUUGAUGGGGAGGGGAGAGCGGGGUUUGUGGAGGAAGUGAGAGGAGUUGGGAAGAGGAAUAGUGCGGAGGAGGCGAGGAGGGCGAGUGUCACGAUGAGGAAGCCUGUGCCGUCGUAG